AUGCCCAGUGCCACUGUGGAAUAAGUCAGCCAGCAGGAGCUUGUGAGGGCCCAUGUCAGUCUUCUUCUAAAAAAGUCUGGCAAACUAAAGGUCCCGGAAUGGGUUGACACCGUGGAGGUUGCCAGGCACAAGCAGCUGGCUCCCUGCAAUGACAACUGGUUUUACACCAGAGCAGCAUCCACAGCUCCUCACCUGUACCUGCAACGAGGAGUCGGCAUGGGCUCCAUGAUCAAGAUCUACAGAGGGCGUCAGAGUAUGAUGGCGAGGAAGGUCCUCCAGGCUCUCAAGAUGGUGGAGAAGGACCCAAAUAAUGAGUUGGUUGCCUCAGCAAACAAGAAACAGAGAAGUUUACAAAGCACCAUCUGAGGAAUGCAUGCAAACAAGUGAAAUGCAGUUAUGCCUUAUUGCUUAUUUACUCAAGUUCGCGUGUCUCCCAUAUCACUCAAGUGUCCACGGUAACCAAGUACGAACAGUAUUUCAUAGAGAGGCAUGAGUCUAUAGUACAAUAAGUACAAACUAAAUAUUAAACCUGAAUGUUUUGCAAAGGUUUUAAGUUUAUCUUUUGUUCAUUUAUUCAUUGUGAAUUUCAAGACAGCAGUGGCCUUGUGUCAGCGCAGAAUGGAUACAGAACCAGUGAAAAAUACAA